AUGACUCCUAUGUGUCCACCACCUGAGAAAAUAAAAACUAAAGGGGGAGUCAAGAAGAAAGGCAAAAAAUCAGUAGGGUAUGAUGUUUAUAGAGACCCUUCGUAUCAUGAGUAUGUUGAUCAAGCAUCUCAAUCUUCACAAAGGCAAUCUCAACCAUCACAGACUUCGAAGAAGUUGAAAUUAUCACAAUCUUCACAAAAUAAAUCUCAACCAUCACAGGCUUCGAAGAAGUUGAAAUUAUCACAAUCUUCACAAUCAUCUAAGCAGUUCAUCCUUCAGUUUCCUAAUCACAUAACGUCAUAUAUCGAUGAUGUAGUUAAUGUUGUAUCAGAUGGUAAUUGUGGAUUUAGAGUCAUUGCUUCAUUUCAUGGAUAUGGUGAAGAUGGUUGGCCAAUGGCUCGUCGAGACAUGGGGUUGGAAAUAAUACAUAAUGAAAGAUCAAGUUUGUAUGCCAAUUUAUUUACUGAUCAGUUAGCAGUAGUGAGAGAAUCUUUGAUGAUAGAGGAAUUUGGUCCUCAACCACCACAUAAAUGGUUAACUCUACUAGAUAUAGGUUACGUGGUAGCGAAUCCAUUUUACUGCAUUCGUUUUGUAAACAGAAAUCAUUGGGUUCAAGUAAACAUGAAAGAAGGGUUUCCAUGCCACCAGUGA